CUGUGUUAUAAUCGUGAAAAGUUUCUAUUCGUGGAAAUCUGAGAAUGGAUAAAAUUUUAAACGUUUAGGUUAUAAUGAUAAUUCGUUGAUAAAGUUGUUGCAUUUUUGGAUUGAAUUGAAAGUAAUCGUACGAAGAUGCCAAGACAGUUUAAUGUUUUGUCGCUUAUUGGUGAGCAUUCGAAGAAAUAUGCUAAUCUACCAGACAGAUUUAUCAAACGAAAAAUGGAAAGGAUUUAUUGGAAAACACCUGGUUGGCCAAAAUACCUUCCGAUAACACAACAGAAAAAGAAAUUUGCUUUCAAUCUAUCCCGUCCUUGGACUAAUGAAUUCCGUCUUGAAAAUCCACAUGAUGCAUUGCCCUUUCAUCAUGUAGAACCAAUUUUAGAAUGGUCAUGGUUUAGAGGAGACAGAGUUGAAAUUCUAGUAGGUCCAGAUAAAGGAAAGCAAGGAAUUAUCAAAACCAUUUAUCAAGAAAGAAACUGGGUUAUCGUUGAAGGAUUGAAUACUGUGCUCAAAUUUAUAGGUAAAACAAAAGAUUAUCCAGGUAUGCCAAUACUCCAGGAAAUGCCACUGUUAGUUACAGAAGAUAUUAAACAUGUGGAUCCUACAGAUUUACAAUCAACAGACAUUGAAUGGCGAUUUACAGAAGAUGGCGAAAAAGUUCGAGUAUCAAUGAGGACAGGCAGAAUUAUUCCUAUACCUCCUUCUCAUAAUGAAACUGCAAAUUAUAAAACACCUCAAACUUAUCCUGAAGGAGAUAAAGAUACUCAAAAGAAUCAAGUUGAACAAAUUACAUUUAAGCCAAGCUUGAAGACUUUUGAAAUGGAAAUUAUGGAGAAAAUGGGAAUCAAAGAAGAUAGGAUUCAAAAACCAACCUACUGGUAUUAAUAGAUAAUCGAAGCAUUUCAAAGUGCAUAUUAAGUUUUGUAGAUAUAUAAUUAUUAUUGAAUAAAAAAACAUUGUUUAUGAAUACUAAAGUCAACAAUAUUGAAAUAAGUUGAUGCUUUCACAAAGUUAUGAUUUAUUUUGACAAAGGUCAUAUCCUACUUAAUGGAAAAAGUAUAUGUUAAUGUUUUACUUCUAAUACAAAUAGAUAUGAAUACAUUAUUAUUUAUUAUUACCAGAGGCUACAUUAAAAAGUACCUUGUUUUACAAAUCAACAACACAUAGAAAACAAUUAGUUUAAAGGAAAAGCAUAACAGCUUAUCAUUGAGCUGAAUACUAAUAGUUUAUGUAUAAUAUGAAUCUUACCUUAAAAAUUAUUGUUAGUUCAUAAAAUAAAUCAACUAACUGGUUAUUUCAAAGGUUGAACAGUGAAACUGUCUUUAAACGUCGCUUCCAAAGAUAUUUGUAACUCAUACACGCUUAUCACAGCACGAUUUUCAACAAAACAAGCGGAGUAAAAAGAGCUUGCGGAUAAUUAUAAACGGUUUUAUUGUACAUAAACUAUUGUGCACAAUAACAUGGCACGAAUCAGUGUGUAUCAAUUUUUAUAUACUAUGUUACUGUGUAUAAUAAAACCGUGCCUAAUUAUCCGCACACCUUGGAAAGAAAGUUAAACAUUUUAAAUUUAAAUAAUCGAAUAAAAAUAUAAUUUCUAAUACUAUCAACAUCUUUAUAUUAACUAUGUCUCAAUGUCUUUUUAUUUUUUUCAAUUUUUUUUUGUUGCUUUUACAAACACCAAGGUACAUUGUUUACAUAGCAUACCCAUACUUUCUCUACAUUCAUUCUCUUUAUCGUACAUGUCAUUUUAUUACGUAAUCUAUUAUGUACAAUAAGACAUUGCUCGUUCUAGAGCAUGUUUGAAUUACUGGUUGUGGUGUAUUUGUUUUUGUCUUUUGUAUUUAGAGGCACGUAUUAAUUGGAGUAAGAUGAAUAAAAUGUAAUUGAUGAUCUCGUUUAUUGUACAAAAUUUAAAUGCGAGCUUAAGUAUUAUCAUACAAAUACAUUCAUUUUUAGGCACCGAGAUGUUUCUAUUCAAAAAUUCUUCCAAA